AUGCACAGCUGGACUGCAAAUGCAGAGAGCCUCUUAGUGAUGAGAGUAGAAUCCACUAUUAAACACACCAACAAGAUGGCCGACACGGGUCUCACGAGAACCGGGCUAAAUGGCAUAGAAAAAGCCAACAAAACGUGUUCACUAGGGGAAAGAGAUUAGACGUGAAUGGCAGAAUUCCUUUGAACGGUCCCUAAGCGAAAAACAAACUACCGAACGUAUUGAGAAUGGAACUCCGCGAACAGAGAUCCACGAACUGUUAGUUCAUGCGCAAAUCCCCGAACCUAAUGCACAGAAAAGGCCCGAACGGGAAACCUUGCGAACGGCCCGUUUGUGCCUAAAGAACCCUACUAUAGAGAUAACAGCCCCGCUAGGUAGGUGGAGAUAAAGGAUAGCCCCUGCCACCACCACAGGAGAAGCUGA